UGAACCUGUAUUCUACCAGUAUAUCAGGCUGCCUCCUGCUAAUACCGACAACCCACAAAGGAUCAUACACCCUCACAAAUCUCCCAAACGCCAUUUUGUGUUCAUUUUACUUUGAUUCUGCGGAGUCGUAAUCUUAUUUUAAGUACUAUUGAGAAAUGAGUUCUUAAGCGACAAAAAUAAAUAUCGAUUAUCAAUUUAUUGGUAAAGUUCACUUUCUACUGUGAUUGUUGAUUAAUAUCCUCAGUUAUGAGUUACCAGCCUCGAAACAUUGCUGGAAACAUGGUGAAUUCUAUAAAUGAUCCAUUGGAUAUUAAGGAUCCAUCUUUAGUAUGGCAACAAGGAGGCCAAUAUUUGCCUGAUUCUGGGAUACAAUCUGGUGGUAGUACUCAAACACAUUCUAUUACUACUAAAGAAGAUGAUAUGGAAAGGGAUCGACUACUUUUUGACCUUGAUCAAGGAUUUCCACAAUCAUUUCCUCAUGAGCAUGUUGAUGGUCUAAAUCAACAUUUAAGCCAAAACUGUAAUGAAAACUUGGAAGAUGAUGUUGAAAUGCCAGCACAGUUUAAUGUUAAUAGUGCAGCAAAUGUACAAAAUAUGACAGGACCAAGUCAAAUGUUGAAAUAUGCUGUUGUUAACUUAAUAAAUUAUCAAGAUAAUGCAGAGCUAGCUACUUGGGCAAUUCCAGAAUUAAUAAAAUUACUUAAUGAUGAGGAUCAAGUUGUUAUAUCUCAAGCUGCUGUUAUGGUUUACCAAUUAUCAAAUAGAGAAGCAGCUCUACAUGCAAUUAUCAAUAGUCCACAAAUGAUAGCUACAUUAGUUAAAUCUAUUGCAAGUAGUAGUGAUCUAGAAACUACUAUUGGUGCAGUUGGAACAUUGCGUAAUUUAUCAAACCAUCGACAGGGUUUAUUGGCAAUAUUCAAAAGUGGAGGGAUCCCAGCUUUAGUUAAAUUAAUGAGUUCUCCUGUUGUAUCCAUCUUGCGAGAUGCAGUUAUAACAAUCCAUAAUUUAUUAUUACAUCAAGAUGGUUCUAAAAUGGCUGUACGAGUUGCUGGUGGCUUACAAAAAAUGGUUUCAUUAUUAACAUUUAAAUCAAACAGUCAUUCUAUUACUGUUAAAUUUUUAACUAUUAUAACUGACUGUCUACAUAUAUUAGCCUGUGGAAAUCAAGAAAGUAAACUCAUAAUUUUAGCAGCUCAAGGACAUAUAGAGCUUGUACGUAUCAUGCGUUCAUACAAUUAUGAAAAACUACUGUGGCUUACUUGCCGAGUUCUCAAAGUGUUGUCAGUUUGUUCUCGAAACAAGCCUGCAAUAGUUGAAGCUGGUGGAAUGCAAGCAUUGGCAAUGCAUCUACAGCAUGAUAGUCAACAGCUUGUUUAUAAUGUUUUGUGGACUCUAAGAAACCUAUCUGAUGCUGGAACUAAAAUUGAUGGAUUAGAACAAUUACUGCAAUCAUUAAUAACAGCAUUAGGUCAUUCAAAUAUCAAUAUUGUGACUUGUGCUGCUGGAAUAUUAUCAAAUUUAACAUGUAACAAUCAAAAAAAUAAAAUGACAGUUUGUCAAUUUGGAGGUGUUGAAGCAUUAGUACAUGCUAUUAUGAAUGCUGGAGAUAACGAAGAGAUAACAAAACCUGCCGUUUGUGCAUUACGACAUAUUACAUCAGGACAUUCUGAAGUUGAAAAUGCACAUAAUAUUUUUUGUCGUGUUGGUGGUAUUCAGAUAGUGGCCAAACUAUUACAACCGGCAUCUCAUUGGCCACUUAUUAAAGCCGUGAUUGGACUAUUGAAAAAUAUAGCUCAAUGUAAAUCAUCUCAUGGGCAUCUUUGUGAACACAAUGCAAUGCACAAUUUAGUUGGACUUUUGAUACGUGCUUUUCAAGAUUUACAAAAUCAUACAAAUACAAGUAUUAAACCUGAUAAUGUCAGAAUGGAAGAGGUCAUUGAAUGUGCUGUUGGUACAUUAUGUAUUUUAGCAAAAGAACCCCAAAGUCGAUCUAUCAUGCGUUCUCAACAAGGGUUUAUAUCCGUUUUGGUACAACUUUUAUUCAGUAAUUAUGAAAAUAUACAACGUUUAUCUGCAGAUACUCUAAAUGAGUUAGCAGCAGAUAAAGAAGGUGCUGAAGUGAUAGAAGCUGAAGGAGGAACUGCUUCAUUAAGUGAACUAUUGCAUUGUGGAAAUGAAGCAUUAGCUACUUGUGCUGCAGCAGUUUUAUCAAGAGUUUCAGAACACAAAUUACAAAAAUGUCUCUCAAUGGAACUAACUAAUUCAUUAUUUAAUGAAGACCAAAGUUUAUGGCCUUCCAACGAUCUUGGUAUUACACCUGAUCUUCAACACUAUCAUCUCAACGGUAAGUGUAGCUCAAACAAAUAUUUGUGUGCCUUUUUGUAUUGCACUUAUUGAUAUUUGCUUUUCACAAUAAUUUUUUACAUGCAAGUUAUAAAUUCAUUUUUACUUUUUUAAAUGUUUGUUACUUCUUGAUUUGAUUUCUUUGUGAAGUAAAUAACUAGUUCUAAAGAAAAAAAAGAUAACUCAUUUUUCCUCAAUGAAGCCAAAUACAGUCUUUUAUGACCUAGAAAUAAACUAAUAUUAGGAAGCUUUACACAAAACUUCCUUAUUAAUCAAACCAAUUUAGAACUCUUUAAUAUAAAUAACAGCCAUUCAUUUUUGAAAAUUGAUUUGAUUUUUAUCUAUGAGUAUUUCAAAAACAAUAUAUCUUAUCUUAUAUUUUUAUAUAAAAUAUUCUACAUUUUCUAAGUAUUUUCUAUUUUGUCAUUAGUUUAGAUUAAAAGAAAUUAAGAGAUAAUCAAAAUAAAUACUUUCUAAUAGUAGCACAUUACAAUUUAUAUUUUAAAUAUUGUUUUUAUAUAAAAACAUCAUCAUUAAUAAUCUAUAAUAAACAUAACAGUUUGUUUUAGUAAUCAAUAUUAAAAA